GUCCAAUGCCAGCACUGCAGAUAGGCUGAGAGAGCUGCUUCAACGGCUCCCUCCUCUUCCUCUCAUCUCCUCUCCGGCGUCAACUUACAGACAAGGCAGGGAGGCCCGAGCCACCAGCUCCGGCGAACGCAUAGGAGCUCCAACCCGGUACAUCCAUCAUCAGGAGAGCAGAGAGAGGAUCGAUAGAUGUCGUGCCUGUGCCGCGCUGCGGUGCCGGUGAAGCGCGUCUGGCGCGGCCUGAGCGCGCGCCUCCGCCUCCGGCGAGCCACCGGUCUGGGGCGGCUGCGGAAGGAGGUGCGCACGUGCGAGUACAGCGACGUGCACGUCAUGUGGGAGAUGCUCAGCAGCAGCAACGCCAAGAGCAGCAGCAGCGCGAGGGCUAGAGGAGGAGGAGGAGGAGCCAUGGCCGCCGCCGCCGCGGGGAAGGGCUCGAGGAGGGGCAGGGUGGGGAGGAAGGCCGCCGUCGCCUGGAGCCGCCUGGCCUCCUACUGCUGCGCGCUCUGAUCCGAGCAGGGUUGGAUGCUCCUCGGAUUCAGACAGAGAUGGGGUGCUCUGCUUCUUCUUCUUCUGCUGCCUUGUUGAUUUGAAGAACAGUUGAUGAAUCGAGCAAUCAAUCGAGCGCCGCCGGCCAUUGGAGGGAGCCGAAACGAUUUUGGGAACGCGGGGAUUUCGUUUCACAUGAGCGACAGUUGUUGGAUGAUCCCCACGUUUCAAACCAAUCCGGUCCUAUGGAUGGAGAGCAGGAGAGUUGAGUCGGAGUUGCGUGCGUGUGCGUCAGUCCUCAUGUCAGAGUUGUACAUACAGAACAGGCUGCUGUAAUUUUGGUCCAUGUCUGCUGCUACUAGGACUGGUAGUGCGUAAAGCCAAUUUUGUCUGUGUCUCUGCCGAUAUGUCCCACUUGUAUCAUCCGACCUGUAUGUGCUUCUUCCACCAGUUCCUUUGCUGUUCUGAGCAAGUUAUUACAGUCUUGCCUAAUAAAACAAGAUCAAUCACAAAUUCA